AUGGACUAUGGUGCAUGCAACAGCUCAUACGUCACCUUAGCUGUCAUUCGUCUCCCAGCUCAAGACAAAGAGAACUACAAGGGGCCCCUCUUUGUGAACCCAGGUGGACCUGGAGGCUCAGGUGUUGACCUUGUCCGACAGGGCGGAAGUUUCAUUGCCGAAAUGCUGGGGGCCAACCAUGAUCUUAUUAGUUGGGAUAUUCGAGCCAGUGACAUGGAGAUCAACUCCAAGGACGCAGUGUUGGGCAACACGUCAACGUCGAGCGGUCUGGGAACCAGAUGGCCAGGAAUGCCUGACCAGUACAACGAUGAUAGCUUCAUCGCCACGCUACUGCAUCGAGCGAAGAUUCAAAACAGCGUCUGUGCCGAUCGCCUCGGCGACAGUGGUAUUCUGGCGCACAUCUCGACAGCUAAUCAUGCCCGCGAUAUGAACAGCAUUCUGACGGCCCUUGGUGAGGACACUAUACGGUUUUACGGUGCCAGCUGGGGCAGCGCCCUGGGAGCCACCUUUGCGACGAUGUACCCCGAUAAGAUUGAACGCAUGAUCCUGGAAGCGAAUGUAGACAUCGUUGAGCAUUCCGCAGGCAACUGGGGCCGGGGCUUUGCUGACUCAGAUGCCCUGAUUGACUGGUUUUUCGAAGAAUGCGCGAAUACCGAAGAGUGCGCCAUCCAUGAACCCACCGCAGACGGUGUCAAGAAGCGCUUCGAGUCCAUCUUAGAGUACUCCAAACAGAAUCCAAUUUACGGGCGGACUCCCGGCCCCUUGGUUUAUGCUGGAAACAUCCAGCACACGUACGUCUCCGAGGCUCCGACUUACUCAGCCCUUCUGGUGCAGAUCCGCAGCGCGCUGUACGCUCCAUACAUGUCUUUUGGAGAUCUGGCGAGGCUUUUGAAGAAAGUUGAAGACGGUGGGUAUCCGACACCCGAAAGAUCUGUCGUAUCGAUUCCGCCUUCCUGGUGGGCCAGAGUGGACAGCGCAGCGCUCUCUGAUACGGUAUUCCGUGACUCGAAUAAUCCUGACGAUUGGAUUGGUCCUCAGUACGCUUCAGAUGAGUUCACUUUAUGCGGUGACUGGCCCGAGCUACCUGGCGGCAUAGAUGAUAUCAAGAACCUGCUGGCUGAAGCAGUUGGCCGCCACCGCCUAGGUGCAGCUGAGGUUGACGUCAAAUUGUCAUGCAUAGGAGUGCCUCGGCCUCGCAGACGCUUUGAGGGUCCGUACGGGGCAAACACGAGCUUCCCGAUAUUGUUUCUCAACGCACGCCUAGAUAACAUCACGCCACUAAGGUCGGCUCAAGCGAACUCAGCACUCUUCCCUGGCUCAGAGUUGGUCAUUUUGGAGGGUCGCGGUCAUGUGUUUAUUCCACAAAGCAUCUGCAUGAACGAACAUGCCCGGAGUUACAUGCAAGAUGGUAAAAUGCCGAAGGCAAACACCACUUGCCCCGAGUUUAUGGAUAUUCUCUGGUUCUUGGGCCAGGAAACCGACGGUGAUCAAGAAGCGGGCGAGGUUGAACGAAGGUCGACGCAGCUUGACGAGUUGAAGAAGUUCCAGGACCAAUGGUUGCGGAAUAGGCCAUUUCUGCUCUGAGCGAUCACUUUAUAGUCGAGAACUGGUAAAGACUCGUAUUUCAUCAUAUCAGUAAUUAGGUGUGGCCUACUCCCGAAUCCAACAUCCAGCAAAGCCCAUCUCUGUC